AUCGCGACCAAACCCCAAAAUCGAGGGUCCCGUCGGGGGCUCGCGUAGCGCGAAGCCGAGGUCCGGGACAGCGCCGGAGCGGCUUAAACGCGCGUAUGGUGCCCCGGCGGCUCUUCUCCCUCUGCCUCCUCCUUCUUCUUUAGCCUGUCGGCUACUGCAGCCGCAGCCCUUUGGCCGCUUGAGAAAAUAUGGCGACGGGGCGUAAAGAGAAACUUUGUGUCGCUGUUUCUCCUUAGAAAAGCCCCACACGACCCCGCCACUCCCGAGGUGCCCUUCCGAGGGAGCGAUGAGUGCGGGGAUCGGCCGCCGGGCUGGCCUGCGCUCGGCCGUGCUGGGUCGAGCCUGGCCGGGCACCUCAAACAGAUGAUAUUUCUCACGGUGGAAGCCCCUUGAGGUUCUGCUUGGCCUUAAUGCCCCUUUGUGCACUUAAAAUUACUGGUCAGGAUGCCAGCUCAACUGGAUUCCCCUGUUAUCAAAGUGUUACCUGGAUACUAACAUCAGACAGAAAGAAAGGUCGAUUUGGAUGCGUUUUCAAAUUGCUUGUCAAGGUUGAGCAUGAACACAAUUGAGGAUGGCACAGUGACUCUGGAAGCAGUAAACUCCGUGACAUUAACCCAGGACACCGAGGGGAAUAUCAUUCUGCACUGUCCUCAGAAUGAUGCAGAGCACCUUGGACCAGAUGAGAGCUUGGAGCCUGCCCACAAGAGGCUCUGUCUGUCCAAUGACGAUGAGCUUCACGUCUCAGGCUCCGCCCCUCGCAUCUCCGUCGUCACCCUCCCCAUUUCAGAGAACGAUGAAAGUUUUGAGGUGACAAUGACGGCCACGACAGAAAUGACGGAGAGUGACAUGAGCGAGGGUGCCGUGGCCCAGAUCCAGAUACUGCAGAACGAUGACACGCACUCUCCUCAGAAGCCUGACGAGGCCUCGCCGGUCAGUCAGGCAUGGUUCACGACUAAAGAGGACAAGGUCACUCUGGUGAACAAAGGCCAUAAAUGGAAACAGGGGAUGUGGUCAAAGGAAGAGAUUGACAUCCUCAUGAGCAAUAUCGACCAGUAUAUAAAGAGCCGGGGUAUCCAGGACCCCACGGAGAUCAUCUUCGAGAUGUCCAAAGAUGAAAGGAAGGAUUUCUACAGAAGCAUUGCAUGGGGCCUCAACCGGCCACUGUUCGCUGUCUACCGACGGGUCCUUCGCAUGUAUGACAACAGAAACCAUGUUGGAAAGUACACGCCGGAGGAAAUAGACAAGCUGAAAGAGCUGAGGGAGAAGCACGGCAAUGACUGGGCGACGAUCGGAGCAGCGCUGGGGCGCAGUGCGUCCUCGGUGAAAGACAGGUGCCGGCUGAUGAAGGACACCUGCAACACGGGGAAGUGGACGGAGGAAGAAGAGCAGCGGCUGGCGGAGGUGGUGCACGAGCUGACGGGCACGGAGCCAGGCCACGCCGUCACUCAGGGUGUCUCCUGGGCCUCGGUGGCCGAGCUGGUGGGCACACGCUCCGAGAAGCAGUGCCGCUCCAAGUGGCUGAACUACCUCAACUGGAAGCAGAGCGGCGGCACUGAGUGGACCAAGGAGGACGACAUGAACCUCAUCAGCAGGAUUGUGGAGCUGCAGGUGAAUGACGAGAACGAGAUCAACUGGGACGUGCUGGCGGGGGGGUGGAGUAGCGUGCGCUCCCCCCAGUGGCUGCGCAGCAAAUGGUGGACCAUCAAGAGACAGGUGUCCAACCACAAGGAGCUGCCCCUGGCCGUACUUCUGAAGGGCCUACAAGACCUGGCUGAGCACCAGCAGCCCUACAGCAAGGUCGUGGUGGGGUCACCGCGGGCCGGCAGCACCUCGCCAUCCUCCGGGCAGGUCCAGCAAGUCCAGAUCAGGGUCGCCCGGCUGGAAGAGAGCGGGGCCACGGCCUCCAGCCCCAUGGGGGCGCUGCAGAUCCCGGUGCAGAUCCCGGUGCAGAUCACGCACGUCUCCUCCUCAGAACCCUCCUUUGCUGCUAACGACUCUGACACAAUAACACUAAACGCAGGAGCCAUGCAGGCCUUUGAAAUCCUGCCUUCUUUCCACCUGCAGCCGACAGGAACCCCAGGGACAUACUAUAUCCAGACAGGCUCGAGCUCAGGCCUGCCGCUGACGGUCUCUGCCAGCUCCACGGUCACCCUGACCGCCACAGCCACACCCUCGUCCCCAGAGCAGAUCAUUGUCCAUGGGCUCUCGGCCGACAGCCUCCUGGGUUCCAGCGACAACGUUGCCGUGCAGAUGGCUCACCCCGGCGUCAUCAUCCAGACAGUCUCCUCUGACGAGCUGGCCUCUCCUGCUCCCCUGGAGGCCUCAGAGGACGUAGAUGGGAGCCUGGCCAAAGCAGACAAGGGUACCAGGAGCUCCGAGACACAUGGCACCGGCCCUGGGGGCGAGAAAUUCCUGCAGAGCUCGGCGGAGGAGGACGAGGAGCCCACAGGAGUGCAGGAGCACCUGGCGGAUUCGGCCUUUGCUUCGGAGCCUCUGGAAACGCAGGUAGUGGAAGGGGCAGUAGGGGGCAGCGCAGUCCUCAUCGUGCCCUCACCCAACACCUUUAUCCAGGCUGCAGAUGACAUCGUAGGAGACUCUGUUUUGCCCUUAACAGCACUGACAGACCCUAUACUUGAAAACCAGGGGGAGAGCUCUGACUGACACGGGGACACAGCAUGGGGUCACCAGGACACGCAGAACUGGCCCUCAAUGACUUGCCGGUGGCUUUCCUCUCAUGUGUAGCCCUCAGCUUCCAGGGAUAUGCAGUUUAUUAUCCGUGUUGCUGUUUCCUCCCCUCACUAAUCAGAUGAAUGAGAGAGGUUUCCGGGCCUCAGUGCUUCAGCUGGUUUAGGCGGCAGAUGACAUCAGACGGCAGCUGGGCUUGUGAGCUGACCUCCUCCCUGGAACUUUAGAUCAGUGUUAUUUCUGCUUUGUGUUAAAAUAAUGGCAGAUUUGUGUUGGAUCCACCAGAAAAUAGUUCUCAGUAAACUGAAGGCAGCUGGUGCACAUGUAGGUGUUUUUGCUGAUGUAGUGGGGGGGGGGUGAGUCCUUUUCGAAGACACACCCGUUGAGAUUGGCGGAGGGAGACUGUGAACAGAGACGUUUGUGGGAGAGCUACUCCACCUGGUCCGAGUGCUCAUGAAUCAUGGCGACUCCCCUUGAGCUUUUACCCUCAUUUGUGGCCAAGUGGGAGGGCUCCAAGAUCUGAGUAGGCCAGUCACCGAUGAAGCAGGAGGCAUCUGGGGAUCCACAAGCGUGUGCCAGCACUGGAGGGCAGGCCUCUUCCCAGCAGCCCCUGGGAGAUGGUGUUCACUUGGUUUCAUCCACAAGGUGACCGAGAGCUUCCAGUUGAAGCCAAUGCCAGAAGCUUCCUUCAUGAACGCCACACUUGUGUGACGUGAGAUCACAGGACAUCCCAGGCAUUUUCUAUACCUUCCCUCCUUCAGUACUCUUGAUAUUAAAGUAUCAGUUCAGCUGUUUGACACAAACACGCGUCUGCAUGACUACGCAUCUCCGUGUAUUUCAUUACAUGUUAGCGUGCCGUACGUCCACGAUACUUUUAACUUGGUGAAGGUGGGCGGUCUUCUCGGAGGUGACCUCCACGCCAAGCAUUUUCCUCGCAGCCCGAGACUGUCAAUGGAGCCUGGAACUAAAGGCAGGCUUUCUGGGGAGUCUGAUGUGCUGCGUUGGAGAUUGGGCAGCCUCCGUAAGCAUCUGCUCCUCCGGCUGACAGAGGUCUGUUACAAGGCCUGCAGUAGCGUCGUCUUACGGAGACGUCACUGCAUCCGUGGGUCCCCUGCUGGACGGCCGGCCUGCCUCUUCAGGGUUUCUCUGAAUCUUGCACUGAUUAUAUAUUUUUUUUUUCCAGUUACAGGAUGUUGUCAGUUACUUCCAAAUGUCUGACUAGCCUAGCUCAUUAAUUUAUCAGUUUCUGUUUGUAAUGGUUUUUGUCGUUAUUUAUUAAAUAUAACUUUAUAAAGCA